GGUCCAUAAGAUAGUGUCGUUAGGUUCCUUCACUCGGUGCAAAACAUUUCACCACACACUCACCCUUCUUCACACUCUAGUUUAUUUUCAACCUAAUCAUCGCUGUUAACUUGGACUAUAUUUCAAAUAAGAUAAACAUGCGAUUAUCUUUCAAGUUCCUUUCCUUCUAUGGGGUUGAACUGGGAGCACAACCAUAACCAUAACAUUUCAUCAUUUCAUGCGCAGCUCACCCUAUAUAAAUCCCCAAAUUACGGCAAAUUAAAAACGCACUAAAGUUUCAUUGCGCAUUCCCAUUGGGUUCAGUUUUGUUUUUGCAACUCAUUAAAGUUAAUACCUUUCAAGCCAUUCACACUGUUGUCAGUUCAUACAGAGAGAUCUAGACAUUUUAACCAUUUGGGGGUGUGAAGAACAACCAAACUAACUAGUGGGGUGUGAGGUUCAGCAAUCUUCAUCAAGUGUCACUGAAUUAGUGACCCUUUGAUCAAAGGGACAAAAGGGUACCCCGGGAACCUCCUCAAUCGGUUGAAUUUCGCCACCAGAUAAUGGUGUUUGGGAAUAGCCUGUUUUAUCCCAUUCUGGGUUUUGCAUCGUUUGUGGUUUUCGUUUACAUGUCUUUUGGGGGCAUAAGGUUCAGCUUUUUGGAGGAAGGGCCAGAAUUGAGCUUUGUGGAGAGAAACGGGACGCAAUUUGUGUUGGAUGGAAAAGCGUUUUACGUAAACGGGUGGAACUCUUACUGGUUAAUGGUUCAGUCGGUGGAUGUUUAUUCGAGAUCCAAGGUUCGAGAAAUGAUGAAAACCGGUGCUAAGAUGGGUCUCACUGUGUGUCGAACUUGGGCAUUCAACGAUGGAGACUACAAUGCCCUUCAAACUUCCCCUGGUCAUUUUGAUGAACAAGCUUUUCAGGCCUUGGAUUAUGUGAUAGCAGAAGCAAGGCAACAUGGAAUUAGGCUCCUUCUUAGCUUAGUGAAUAAUUUGCAAGCAUAUGGUGGGAAGAGUCAGUAUGUGAAAUGGGCAUGGCAAGAAGGGGUAGGCUUAAGCUCCUCCAACGAUUCUUUCUUCUUUGAUCCUUCUAUCAGAACUUAUUUCAAAAACUACAUCAAGACUGUCUUGACAAGGAAGAAUAGUAUUACCGGCAUUGAAUAUAGAAAUGACCCCACCAUUUUUGGUUGGGAAUUGAUUAAUGAACCUCGUUGCAUGUCUGAUCCUUCUGGUGACACUCUACAAGGAUGGAUAGACGAAAUGUCAAGUUUUGUCAAAUUGAUAGACACGAACCAUCUGUUGACUGUGGGUCUGGAAGGAUUUUAUGGUCCAAAUGAUCCAAAAAGUUCAACUGUCAAUCCUGAGCUUUGGGCAUCCAGACUUGGGUCUGAUUUUAUUCGGAACUCCAAAAUAUCAAAUAUUGAUUUCGCCUCUGUUCAUAUCUAUCCUGAUCAUUGGUUUCAUGAGCAAAUAUUCGAAGACCAACUUAAAUUUGUUUCCAAGUGGAUGCUUUCCCACAUCGAAGAUGGUGACAAAGUUUUGAAGAAGCCCGUCUUAUUCUCUGAAUUUGGAUUAUCAGAAGAAAAUCAGAACUUUUCGGUGUCAGACAGGGAAAAAAUGCACAGAGCUGUUCUAGACAUAAUUUAUAAGUCUGCCAAGAGAAACAGAUCUGGAGCGGGGGCUUUGGUUUGGCAAUUCCUGGUCAGUGGUAUGAAGGAAUUUUCUGAUGAAUAUGGGAUGGUGCCAUGGGAAAGUUCAUCUACUGCUUCUGUAUUUGUUGAACAGUCUUGCAGAUUGGCCAAUGCAAAGGGAUGGACUCAACUGGAUGUAAGUUUCAAAGAACAUUGUUAACAAAAACAGUGGAAAACAAUGUUCAAAAUUAUGGAAUAGAAAUCCGUACAGAUUGUUGUGGAUGAGGUCUUGUACAAUAUUAUUAUUCUGGUUUCAGCUUUUCAUCACCAAA